AUGGCUAACGCAUCCAAGUUGCAUCCUGCAACUACAGUCACCAAUAUCAAAUCCUACAUUCCUAUUGUUCUUGACUAUGAAGAAAGCCAAUACAAUAACUGGGCUACCCUCUUCAAGCUCCAUUGCCGAGCGAAUUUGGUAAUUGAUCACAUCUUACCUCCUGCCUCCCCCACCGUCUCAUCCACAGCAACCGAAGCCGAGAAAAUUGCUGCAAAGGCUCUAUGGGAACGGCUAGAUGACAUCGUACGACAAUGGAUAUAUGGUACGAUAUCCAAUGAUCUUCUCAACACAAUCAUUCAUGAAGAGGACACCGCAGCCGAGGCCUGGAAUCGCCUUGUUCAUCUCUUCCAGGACAACAAAUAG